UUCACAGCUAUUAAUAAUAGAAAGAGAGAGAUAUAGAGAAAAGAAAUCAUCACUUGCAAAAAAUAUUGUUCCCUCUUCAGCUCUCAUGGACACUUCGAGGGACAAACAACUUCCUUCAGAGACCUCUUGCAUAGCCUCCUCAUCUACAGCUUUUCCACUUCAAGAUUCUCUAAACCACAGCCAAGAACAGAGUUUCAAAGAUGAUUCUAGUCAAGAACUCAAUCUCAUCGACUGCAUAGAUAGCCAGAGUUAUAACGGAUCCACUACAUCCACCGAGCCAAAGCUUUUCUCAUGCAACUACUGUCAAAGAACUUUCUAUAGCUCACAAGCACUUGGUGGUCACCAAAACGCACACAAGAGAGAGAGGACGUUGGCGAAGAGAGGGCAACGUAUGGCAGCUUCAGCCUCGGCUUUUGGACAUCCUUAUGGUUUCUCUCCAGUCUCUUUCCAUGGACAAUACAACAACAGGUCUUUGGGGAUUCAAGCGCAUUCGAUGAGCCAUAAGUUAAGUUCUUAUAACGGAUUUGGUGGUCACUAUGGUCAUGUGAACUGGUCAAGACAACCACUUGAUCAACAACCAGCAAUAGGUAAACUUCCUUCAAUAGAAAAUUUUCAUCAUCAGCAUCAGCAUCAGAUGAUGAUGAUGGAUCCUUCAGUAACUUCACGGUCUAAUAACAUGGCUAGAUCAUCGAGUAACAUAGGAAGGAUUCUAGUAGGGUCACCGACCCUUGAACAAUGGCGAGGAGAGGGGCUAUUGUUAAGCACUAAUCAAGAAGAGCAACAGAAGCUAGACUUAUCCCUCAAGCUCUAAGAUUUCAUUUUCUUGAUUUUUGUAUUUUGUAUCUUUUUACUGUAUUUUAAUAUGAUUGUUAAUCAGUUAGUACUCGUAUGUGUAUAAUAACUCCAUCUAGUAACGAUUUCUGAUGUACAUGUUUUUUUUCUCAUAUAUCUACUUAGUUUGAGAUUUGUUGACUGUAUACAUACAUA